GAUUAACGAGGAACUCCAAAUGGAAGUGAUAAUAGAUAUUUAUAGUAUGAUUAAUUGAUAAAGUUCUAACUAGAAAUAUUCUAUCUCUGUUGUUUUAUCUCUGAAACUCAAAAAUGAGGUUCAAUUAUGUUGAGAUUUUAAAUCCUUGACUUUGAGGAAAAAACUGUUUGUUAAUAAGGACAGACAAGUUAGAAUAUUGUUAUGAAGAUCAUAAAUAAUGUAUCUUAUUGCAGUAAUCACUUGAACAAACACUAGUAAACAGCAGAGGCAGCAGUCCAAAUAUCAAAAUCUGUACAUGAUGUUGCAGUGCAAACGAUAGUGGAACACACAAUUUACAAAUUGUAAAUUAUCACUCUAUGCAGCUCGGUUUGUACCCUGUUGUGCCCUUUUCUCUGGAACAAGAUAAAUCUAAACUAUCAGACCACACAACUUUCUUCCGUUUCUCCGGAAACCAAUUUUUAUGUUCUUGGAAAGGUUACAAAGUCAUUUUCAAAGUAACCCAGAGAACCUGCAAAUGGAGAAAAAAAUAAAACAGGGGUAGACCUUCUCAGGCUGCCCAAAUUACAUCAACAGCACUCGGCUGAUUCUUCCAAGAGGUCACAUAAGAACAGAACAACAUCUGAAGCAUUGCAGAGAUUACUAAACUCAACUAAGGCGGGCAUUUAGAAAGAGACUGGGAGAGAGUAAGAAUAAUAACCAUGUUACUUGUUAAUAAUUAUGUUAUUUGGACAUGUUUUUCUCCACAGAAAAUCCACUGUGUCAAAUGCACUAAGCUGCUCUGACCUAGAAAGUCAGGAAGGAAUUCAGAUUUGAAGAGAUAACAAUUUAAAUAUUCCAGCUGCAAGAGAAGAGAUCUGCAUCAGUCACAGAACAGACUGGACUAGUUGAGAACGCUACACACACAAAGGUAGACAGGUUUGAGAGUCUGGGGCUGGGUGACUUAUUAUUUAUUUCAAAAUAAAAAUGUAAGCAAAAGUAUUAAAAGUUUUGAUAACAAAAGACAUGGAAUCUUGCUUUUCAGACUGAAAAUGUGUGCUCUUGGAUUAUGGCAGAAAAAUUCCCCCAUACAUUUGUCAACCUCUUCUGGGACUGAAGAUACUCUGUAUUCACAUAUUGUUUACCAGAAUGUAAUUUGGUGGAGAUGAUUUUCCAUCUCUUUCUUUUUUACCUGAUCAAUAUCAGUUCCUCUUUCUCUUGUCAUCCUUCAGGUACCUCCUUUUAUUUACUUGGAUACUUAAUCAAAUAGUGUGUGUGUUUGUGAAGUUCAAAUUAUGAUAGAUCAUUUUUUCCUUUACUACAGUUGAGUGUUUGUUCACACCUGAUUGUCACAUUUGAAAGUACUUGUUAAUGCCAAAAGCUCUCACACAGCCUGAUGUAUGACAUGCAUGAGUAACAUGUUGUAGCUUUGUGUUUUUUUUAAAUGUAUUUUCUUAAAGAAAUUAUGGGCAAGUGUUAAAAUUAAGUUGAAGAUGCCUAAGGGUGGAUAAUUCCUGAAUUGUAGAAAUAUCUGUGUAUACUUGUGCAUAUAAUCCAAAUAGGUACUUAAUAAAGGAUGGUAACAUAGCCCUGUUUCUAUAUUUUGCAGUGUCAGUAUAAGUCCACACUGUAAAAUCAUUAAAUGUGAGUAGUUUUUCCUGACAUUGACCCAAUGUCCUCAACAUAAACAUGAUUUGUACAUAACACGCACAUUUCUAGUCUGAAAUCUGACCUUACUAUUCACCAUGAGAGGCUGUGCUGUAAGAGCCGGCAGCAGAAACAGGGAUAUCAGAGGUGGCAACAUGUAAUCGUUCCACGUUCUUCAUCUUUUGACUGUAAUUGGACUGAUACAUUUAUACACCGGCUUAUUUCACCAUUAGAGGGUAUAAAUAGAAUCCUGUGUUAUCACUGGGGGUUCAGUGUUGAAAAGAUGCUGGUGUGGGUUACUAUUUUUGCACUCAGUUACUGUGGUAACCGCAGGGCUCUGCAGGCAUCCAAGUGUUUGUUGUUGUUAUUUUGUGCCUCUGCUUCAUAAAACCCCUGUCACCUUUCUCUGUGUGAGAUCAGCAAACCUGAGAGGUUCCGAUUCGCUCAGAUUCACGUUACAUGUAAAAUGUCUCAGUCACCGAAAUACAAAUGUUCCCUUUUCCGUUUAAUGUUGCUGAGCAGAAAACUUUAUACACAAAUGCAGUAUAAUAAUGAGGCUGACAGUAAAAAGAACAAAAAAUCAGUUAUUAUAGAUGACAAUUUCCAGUGAAGACUAUAUGAGCUACUAAUGGCUGCAUCUUGCAGAAAAUAUAUUCAGCAAGCUGUAAAAAAUACCCAAAAAGCCAAAAUUAUAGUAUUACCCCUAGCUGCUCAUUUUGAAUGCAGGUUAGAUUUUUAUUCCUACUAGUCUAUGUAGAGCAUGUGGUAAAAAGGUGCCAAGCAAAGUUGUAAUUGAGUUGCAACAAACUUAGGAGGUGAUUUGUUACUCUGCGGCAACUCAAUUUUCUCGCCACCAAGUGAGACUAUAAUCAGUGAGAACGCUCUUCAGCAGGGAUCCUUCCUAACACAGUCAGACUCCACUGUGUUAGAAACCGGUGCUUCCCUAAAUAUGAGCUGUAAAACUCUCAAACUAAUAAAUUUAUCCCAUAGUUAUGUGUAUUUUUUUACCUGGUCCAUGCUUUACUGCUUUUUAAGAAAAAUAUUACUGAAUGGCACUAAAAUACAUGUUAUAAUAGCAGAUCAGGCAGCGGUGCCUUUCUAUUUUGUGUUCAAUGUGUAUUUUACUGAAGGUUAAAUAGUUCAGUAGAGAUUUUAAGCAGUACAGUUACUUUUCUUAGGUUCGUCGUUCCUAAGAGUUGAGUGUUACUGAUAUUUUAGAGUCCAAAUCAAGGCCACACUUUGGGAAAGUAACAAUCAUUUGAACCGAAAAUAUGCUUUAUAAAAAUAAACAACCCACUCAAUACUUCGACAAAUGUCUUUAUUGUAAAGAGGAAUGGAAAACUUUUAUUUGUGUAUUAUUUGAUUAACACAGCUUAACUUGACUGUAGCUGCCAAUCUUCCAAAGGCAGGUUUUAGUUGUUUCAGAUUAACGUUAAAAUAAUAUAAUCAAAAUUAAAUUAACAUGCCAGAACACUUUUCUGAAAUAUGAAUGACCAUUUCACUUAAAAAAGUUUCUGCUUUAAGAGAAAAAAACCAACAUAUUUUUCAUGCUUGUAAUGCAAACUUCUGAGGUGGAAGAAAACAUAGUUUUGCAAAACAAACUCUAAAAAGUAUGAUGUAGAUUUAUAUUUCACAUAGGAGUGAUUGUGUGAGUGCUCGUUUUAUUUUUAUUGAUAAGAACUGAAAACCAUGUAUAUUAAUAGCCCGUUCCAUCCAGUUUUUAUAAGACAUGUUGUGUGUGUUAGAUUUGUCCAUUUUACAGAUUUCCAUAUUUAAUUGAACACGGCAGAAAUUAGAAACUGAAAAAGGCAAAGGGAAGCUCCACAACAGAUUCUUAGCAUCUUCCCUCCCAAUCACCGCUAAGCUUCCCAGGCAAAUGAAUUCGUCAGUGAAACCAAAUUAGUUCUUGAGAAGUUUAUAAUGAGAUUUCUACUCCAAAAAGUCUUAUCGGGUAUUCAUAAUCUGUCCACUCUUUAAUCAGAGGCGACCAGCAGAUCAGUAUCUAUGCAUGGGCCUCCUGGUGAAAAGCCAACAAUUUACACUUUUAUCUCUUUUGAGAUUCUUCCUGGGUUUUAAUGGCCUGCCCCGACAGGCGGCUUCUUCAUUUAUAAAGCCGCUCUGUCAGAUUUACUUCUACACCAGAUGUAAUGUUAGAGGUUUUUAUUUUAUUUUAUUACAAAUUUCAUUUCUUCAACACAGAAAAUACCUGCUGUACACUGAAUGUCUCUUGUAUCUUUAAAAUGUCUUAGAAAAUCUGUGGACAUACAGAAAGUAUAGCUGAAAUGGAUGUAUCAGCUAAUAUUUAAUAGAUUUCUGCAAGGAAUAUUUUUUACAAACUUUUUAGCAUGGCAAAGAAAAUCAAAUAAUUGUCAGUUUUUUUAUGUGUCCUAAUGGGAGACACUUUAUUUUCACAGGUUUUUACCCUCUCACCCAAACUAUCUUCUUAAGACAAGAUUUUCUGACGAGACAGUGAUCAUACAAUUUCCUUAAAGAUGGUUCUGGAAUGGAUGGUGCAGUCAAGCAUCAGGCUUCUGGAAAAUCUCACUUUCAACCUUAAUAAAAAUAGACAAUAAGUCAGUUUUGUCACAGGACAUCAACUAAUUUAAAUUCAUUGCGAAAAGACGAAUGGUCAGCCAAAAAUGUUGUGGUUUCUCUGCAAGUUCCUAAAAUAAAGUCAUAUUAAAAUUAGUGAGGUGUGAAUAUAUGUCUUUAACCAUGUGGAUAUACUUGUCCUUUAUGUGGAUUAGAUAAAAUUGACAAAAACUUUUGCACCAAACACAGUAAUUGUAAGUUGUUGUUGCAGCAACAGCUAAAAAUAAACAUAAAUUUCAAACCAGUGAGGCAUGCAUGUGAACUUUCAGUAUUAGAUGAUAAUAUACAGUGUGUGUGUGUGUGUGUGUGUGUGUGUGUCUCCUAAUGCAAUGUACCUUUGCGAGAACAGAGAUAGCAGAGCUCAUUAAGUGAAGCAUCUAUCUCUUUGAGUCAGUGUAGCCUCCCUCACUUUGUCCCACGUCUGUCGGCAGAGAAAAGGAUGUGACUCAAAGCCGUCUGGAUUGAUUGGUGACUGUUGGAGCAUCAGGUUUCUCUCUUAUCAGCUGAGAUAUAAUUGAUUUAUGGAGAGCUGGUUGAAUCCAAACAAGGACAUAAGUGUGCUGAUUUAACCACUUAAGACAAAAACAGGAGCACAUAGAGCAGGAUGCUCUGUGAGAACAAAAGAACACGUGAAAAUCCACCUGCAUUAUUCAGAUGCAGCUUCUUUUCUUCGUCUCUUUGUUUCUUUCUUCCUUCAUUUUUGUUUCUUUCUGUCUUUCUCUCUUUGCUUUUUCUUUCUUCUUCUUCCUCACAUUCGACUAAGACAAAAGCUGUGAUGCACUGAUGAUAUCAUUUACCAGCCAAGAGCCAUGAUCAUUACGUUUCUAUUAGCUUCAUCCUAACUGAUGACCAAAGUCUGUGCCUCAGAUACAAGUGCAGUCACCAUGGCAACCGGCAUUACCUACAGUAAGGAAGCAUCUAGCCAACCUAUUUUCUUCACUCACGUUGUACAUGUUGUGCCAGCAUUUUAAUAUUGAGAAAAAAAACAUCAGCAUGUUUCUCUGUUCUGACGUUUUUUUUAAGAACGUGAUGCUAUUUUUAAAUAAAGGUUUUAUCACUUCUUUUUUUUAAUCAGUAUAGUUAAACUGUUAGUAUAAUGCAGUGAAGAAUUAAUUUUAUUGGCUAUUUUUCCAUUUUUCAUUUAAAAUCUGUUUGUAUAAAAUGCUUUAAUUUAGUCAUUUGAUAAUUAAAACUAGCAACAAUACCAUUUAAUUUAAUUUUAUUUGUCACAAGUCAAAAGCGUAUUAUUUUGAAGCUUUAAUAUAAUUGGCUCGAAAUAUUAGCUUUCGAUUUAGCUUUAAACUGGCUUAACAUUUUGGUUUUACAUACAUCUGUAUGGAAGUCCAAAAGUAACAAAAUUAAAUAAAAAUUAAGUAAUAAUAAAGUACUAUUUAAAUGUGCCCUUCACCUACCCAUAGGGUGGCUAUCUCCAGCGGCCAUUGGGCCACCAGAGGCAGGGUACAGAGUGGACACACACACACACACACACUGACACAAACUCUCUCUCCUGGUGACAAUCCAGAGUUACCAAUGAAUCUAAAAGUCAUAUGUUUGGAUUAAAGGAGGAAGUCAGAGUACCAGUACAGAUCCCAUGACAUGCACAAGGAGAACAUACAAGCUCAAUGCAGAAAAACCCCAGUGUGAGUAAUUUAGAAAACGUCUUAAUUAGUUUCUGUAAUACAAAUAUGUUAUAUUUUUCAUUUAGCAUGACAAAACGCCCCGCUUCAGCCACUGUCUUACCUCACAUUGACAAUAAAGAAAUUAUUUAUUAGAAAGCUCCUGUUGUCUCUUUAGAGAUGUUAGAAACAGUUUAUUAUGCUUGAUUAAACAAUUUACACAUGCAAAACUUUGCACCGCUACGAUUUUAUCUACCUUUAUGUGUUACUCAAAUAGAACCACUGAAAUCUCAACUCACUGUAAUAUUAAGAAGAAAAGAGGAGGGAUCAUUAAACGGUUGUUCCGGUUUUUAAUGCUUUGCUUCCAUUGUUUUCAGUUUAAGUUAAUGUAAAGCAUUGCGUCUGGUUUGUUUUGCCAAUAAUCUUGUCGUAUUUAUCUGAAAAAAAAAAAAAAAUGUUUACUAUCAUUGUUAUUAUAAUUAGUGGGACAUUGUGGCACUGUAUAUUUCAAAGUCUACAACUGACUGAAAUCCGCAGGUUGCUGUCCGUGGUGCUGAAAGCCUCUCCAAACACACACCUACAUUAAAGACAGCCUUUCACUGGAGGUUGCUUUGCGCAUGCGAUGAAGUAAUGCGGGGCCACUUGUUUAAACAGAUGGCCACAUCAAGAGCAGGUAGGCUGCAUACGCAUUUUUAUACAUACGCUGAAAACCGCUCAAACGCACUUGCAGGCUUUAUUUUCCUGCCUGCCUGCCCGCCUCCGCUGCUUUGGUUGAACGCAACAGGCUGCAGCACCGAUGUGAUGUCUGUACGCUGAAAAGCCGCACCACCUGUAACUGCAGCCUCCCCACCUCUCCUUCAUCCUCCGGACUCCCCAUGCCGACACCGAGGAUGAAGAAGCAGAACGUCCGGACCCUCUCGCUCAUCCUCUGCAUGUUCUCCUACCUGCUGGUCGGCGCCGCGGUGUUUGACGCGCUGGAGUCCGAGUCGGAGAACUCCCGCAGGCGCAUCUUGGAGCAGAAGCGCAGUGAGAUGAAGAGGAAGUACCGCUUCUCCGAGGACGAUUACCGCGAAAUCGAGCGAGUGGUGCUGCAAGCGGAGCCCCACCGCGCCGGGAGGCAGUGGAAAUUUGCUGGCUCCUUUUAUUUUGCCAUUACGGUCAUCACGACCAUAGGGUAUGGACACGCUGCACCAGGAACAGAUGCAGGAAAAGUCUUCUGCAUGUUCUACGCUGUUCUCGGCAUUCCUCUCACUCUUGUGAUGUUCCAGAGCCUCGGAGAGAGAAUGAACACGUUUGUCCGCUACCUCCUCCACAAAAUGAAGCAGUGUCUGGGUUUCAGACGCACCGAGGUGUCCAUGGAGAACAUGGUCCUGGUGGGCUUCCUGUCCUGCAUUGGAACACUGUGUGUGGGAGCCGCAGCCUUUUCCCACUUUGAGGGAUGGAGCUUUUUCCAUGCAUACUACUACUGCUUCAUUACUCUCACCACUAUUGGCUUUGGGGACUUUGUGGCCCUGCAGAAGAAGGAGGACCUCCAGGAGAAAACGCCUUAUGUCGCCUUCAGCUUCAUGUACAUAUUGGUGGGGCUGACGGUAAUCGGAGCUUUUCUCAAUUUGGUGGUCCUGCGUUUCCUCACCAUGAACACCGAGGAUGAAAGACGGGAUGCUCAGGAGAGAGCUUCGCUCAAGAGGGACAAGGGUCUUUUAGAGGGGUCCACCGGCCUCCGCAUUGUAGGUGAACAGAGGGAGAGGACCAGCAGGGACAGCAUGGUGCACGGCCGCAGCCACAGCACACUCUUCCUCCCCAUGCAAGAGGGAACCAGUCGCACCAACCUCAUCCCUUCCCCAGCUGAGGACACAGAGAGGCAGGAACGUCCCUGCAGGCACAGGCUGCAUUUUCGGAUCAAGCCAGGAAGACGGAGGGAGGAGACGAGCGUCAGCUCCCUCUGCUCCUCCUGCGUGUGUUACCGCUCAGAGGUUUGUGACGACCCUGUGGUGAACCGCAGCAAACACCACGGAGGCCACGUUAACUCAGUUUACUACAACUCAGUCUCCUAUAGGAUCGAGGGCUGCUCGUCGAGAUCCAAGGACAAUACUGGACUCUCCUCCCCUGGAAGCACACUGUCGCCUGAGCACAGCUUCCAGGAGUUCAGUAGUUUAAGGAGGAAGUCGGUGUAAAGGGCAUUAUUGUAAGGGGGGAAAGUUUGCAACGACAGUAAGCUGUAUCUAGCUGUAUUUAUUUGUUAGAUUUUUUUUGCGCAUGACAGAAUUCUGUUUGUUGAAUAAACUGUCUCUUGUAGCUACUGAAGCUGAUUUUAUUCAUAAAGCAAGAAUGUCUUUGCUCCUUGUUACUGUAUAAAUAUAUAUAUGUUGUGGGUUCUGCUGUUUUGCUUGCAUGUAGCAAUGCAUGCUAAGGAGAAUGUAAAGCACUCUAUGUGAAUGCAGGAGAGCUACAUUUAAAGUUUUUUUGUGCCACGUUUAACACAGAGAUGAAGACUCAAAUCUUUGACUUUACAUUCUUUGCAAUAACUGAGGAAUCUGUCGGUUUAUUCAAAGAACAAAUUUAGACCAAAUCAGAACAUUUCAAACUUCACAGCAAAGUCAAGAGCAGAACUCUGUUCUUAAGUGAAAUGUUGACAAAACACAACAUUUCCACUUUUUCCUGGUUGUCACUAAUGACAACCAGCUCAAAUUUCUGAUAAAAAAGUUAUUAUUUCCACACAAUGUGUUGAGAACAAGCUGCAAAAACUCAACCAUGUCAUCCUUUCCUCACAGCUCCAGAAGCAAGAACAAAUUUCUUGUUUAUGCAGAAUAGGUAACGAUGACUUCAGACUCGACUUACACUCUAAGUUUGAGACUCGAGUCUCAUGUAAUGCAGGUGAACAGUUCACCUGUAGCUCAUUUUAGUAGAUAACCAAUAAGGCUACCUAGUAAAGUUUCAAGUUGGUCUGUUUUGGUUUCAUGCUAAAACUGAUCACCAUUUGGUUCAGUAAGUAAGAUGAUAGCAGAGCUCUGAUGCAACAGGGUUGCGUUCGAUUAAUUAAUCAGGGAUGCUUGCAGACUACAGACCAUUAAUGGCUCAUAGCUACCGGUUCAUAUCUAAUGUAGCAUCAUAAUAAUGACUAUAUGGAUGUCUCUCAUUUUGAGUUGUGACUCUGGGUUAUUUGAGGACACACUCAAUUUACCUCCAACGUCUUUUUAGAUUGGUAACAGCAUUAAAAUAAAAAGUAGGGGUGGGCAGUUUUAUCACAAUAUUUUGUACAAUUGUGAUUUUUUUUUUAUCAAUAAAAAUGACAAUAAGAACUAUUACUUCAGUUUAACUUAAUAGCUGUGACUGCAUGACAGAGCAAUUGUAGCUCCACAAACACAAAUACUGCUCUUGAAGAACGCUGGUCACAUAAAGGUCACAGUAACUGGUUUAACCAUAUUUUCAAUUUGAUUAUUGUUUAUUGAUCUGGACAAUAAGGACAGUUUGGGUUUUUAAGCAUCAAUAAUUCUAAUUUAUCAUGACAGCGAUAAAUCAAAAUCCUUAUCAUGAAAAGAAAUUCAUCAGGAGAAUGAUAAAUGAUAUGAUAAAUUCCCACCUCUAUUGAAAAGAUUUGCACUGUCCUGUUCUUAUUGAAAACACUUCCUUACUGAUUGAAUCAAAAACUAGUUGUAAUCUAUCUUUCAUUGAACAAUUUCAUAUUUUAAUUGGGAAGACAUUUUGUGUCUCACAAUUAAGGCUCAUAAUAAUGAGUUAUAUCCAUAACAGUAACAUCCAGUGUGAGAACGUUCAGAGUACUUAGAGACUCAUGACUUGACUUGAACUUGGAAAAAAUGACUUGUGGACAUCUUUUUAGUAAAAGGUUUAAUAAAAGGAAUGGGUAUUUUGCUUACCAAUGAAGAGACUUACAACCCCCCCGGAGGGCUCUUGCUUAAAGAAAAGUCUUAAAUUUUCCUGCCAUAGAAAGAUGAUGUCAUAAUUCUAGUUUUAUAUUUAAAAAGCCUUAAAGAAGUUUGACCAAGCACAUCAGAUAAGUGACUAUUUUACACAAUGAGAAUAAUAUGAUAUUUUAUUACCUGACAUUGGAGUGAGGCGGUGAACACUCCGAUGAAUAAAAAACUUCAUGUUAGUAGUUGAACUAAAAUGGAUGUAGCUUGUAACAUAUAUGUAGCAGGUUAUUAAGGUCUGCAGAAGUUUUUAUCUUCCCACGACUGAAGGUGUUAUUGUAGUCCUGACUGAAGUUAUUCUCUUCCAGUAUUGUUUGACUAAACCAAAUGAGCGUACCGUUGAAUGUGGUUUGUUAUUUAGACUCUUUCUUAUUGUACGUUGUUAUAUGAUUUUUAUUUAAUUUUUUUUUGAAGAUUCUGUAUUCAUUUGUCUUCCCUUCAAAUGUGUGUUUUUACUUUCAGAGAAUAAAACCUUGUAACCAUUA